AGCAUUCUCAACUGACUCUCACACCGACAACAUGAAGCUUAUACUCUUCGCUUGCCUGGUCGUUCUGGCCGCCGCUCGCCCUGAACAGGACGCGGAAACAACGCUAGACGAGAGAGACGACUCCGGCGACGGUAACUUCAACUACAAGUUCGAGACCAGCAACGGCAUCUACGAGGAGAGGACUGGCACCCUUGGGGCUGAUGGCCAGAGCAACAUAAAUGGCGUCUUCAGGUUCACAUUGCCUGACGGCACCGUAGGCGAGAUCCGUUUCAUCGCCGACGAGAACGGCUACCGACCCGAGUCGCCACUGAUCCCCACGCCCCACCCCCUCCCAGCCCACGCAAUCGAACAGAUUCGCUUUGCUGAGGAGCAGCGCGCUAAGGGCGUCACCUUCGAAAAGUAAUGUGGGAGGUGUGAGGCUGGCCCCCACUCAUCCACUACCACUUCGAUACACAGCUGACCCUUAUCUCGUACCCUUUGCAUACACACAUGAGAAAAGAUCUCCCUCAAGCACAAUUUUUAGGGUGCAUCCUUCGGCUCAGCAGUAGUCCAAACACAACCCUAAUAGGAUCACAUGUAUAGAAAAAUAAACUUUUUUGCAGGC